AGUCAUAAGUUAAAUGUACCUAUAAUUUUUCGACUCGAAAUCUCAACUCAUUACAUAAUCAAAUACUUGGUGUGCUGCACAAAAAUAUGCUGGUAGAGGGAUAAAUAUAAUUAGUCACGCGCUGUGCAGUGAAGGGUCAAUGGAAAAAUACUCUAUAACAUGGACGCUGCAAGUCAUAUUCGCCGAGAGCUCAACAUAUUAUCACACUGUCUCAGUAAUUCUAUAUCAAAUAAGCCGCAUCUCUACAUACUAUUCCCGUUGAUUCUAACUGGUUGUCUCAGUUUUGGUGCCUUCUUUGCUACGUUUGAAACCGACGUUGAUAAAUUGUUCACUCCGCUAUAUUCCAAGGCAGUGCAUGAACAAUAUCAAACAGAGUUGUAUUUCCCUACGAACUACUCAGAGUAUUUUCUGAACCGUGGGACAAAAGUUAUAGAAAAGGGGUGCAAUAUAAGAAUUACGUCAUCAUCUGGGGAAAAUUUAAUCAACGAUGGAAUUUUGAUGGAAGUGUUGAAGCUUGAUGAUUUCAUAAGGAAUUCUAUUGUUAAUGAUGAAUUUGGUUUCGUAGAUGUGUGUGCUAAAUGGAAUGGUACCUGCGUCUUGAAUCCACUUGUUGAAGUAUAUUACGGUAACAAUAGUUUUGUUCCGAACUCUAAUCUUACGUAUCCAUUUACACUCCGUUCUGAUGGGGUACAGUAUUUUCUUGGAAAUUCGCUAGGUGGCGUAACUGUGCGGAGCGGAACAAAUUACCUGGAGUCCGCGCGCGAAAUUAUCUUGGCGUACAUCCUUAAAUCGGAUACAGUAGACGAUAGUACGUUGUCUUCCAUGUGGGAAAAACAAAUCAGCGCCGUCUUACGCAACUACGAAUCUGAAAGUAUUAACAUCGUGUACUACACUUCCCAGACAUUUUCCGAGCAACUUUACUCUACGUUGAAAAAUACCAUACCAUACAUCAUUAUUAGUUUUUUUGCCAUUGCAACAUUUGCUUCGAUGACAUGUAUGAGGAGAGAAUGGGUCCUCAGUAAACCCUUUUUAGCUCAGUGUGGAUUGAUAUCGGCAAUUCUUGCUUGCAUUUCAGCAUUUGGCAUUGUCUCCUUCUUUCAAGCAAAACUAAAUGUUGUUGCGAUUUGUGUAGUAUUUUUAACAAUUGGUAUUGGUCUUGAAAACACAUUCAUCCUACUGUCUUCCUGGCGCGAAACAGAUCCCAGGCUGACAACAGAAGACCGUUUAAGCCGAUGCUACAAUGACACAGCAAUUUCGAUUGCAAUCACUAGUUUUGCGAACGUCAUUAUCUAUAUGAUAGGAGCAAUCAACCCCUUUCUGUGUAUUCGGGUACCUUGCUUAUGCGCGGGAUUUUCAAUACUCUUCACGUAUGUAUAUCAAAUAACGUUCUUUGGAGCAUGCCUCUUCUAUACCGGCAAACAAGAAAAUGAGAACAGCCAUUGCUGCGCACACGUAAAAGAUAAAUCGCCAAAUGCUCCAUACCGAUGCCUUUGUGCAGGUGGGGUCCACCUUGAUCGAGAAUUUACUAUGUAUGAGAUUAAACCUCUGAUUUCGUGGCUUAUUCAAGCAUACCUCGCCCCAUUUAUAAUACACCCUGUCAGUAAAUACAUAAUUAUAUUAAUUAUCGUCUUCUAUGAAGUAUUUGCAAUAUAUGGUUGUUUUAACCUACCAAUACUUGUGAAAGAGAAUGAGGCGACUAACAACAUGUCAUACAGCUACACGUCUGAUUUAGAAGAAUACGGCCCACCUGUGUACGUCAUAAUGACCGAAGAACAGGAAUAUUGGCGAGGAGAUGUUCAAAAUAACUUUGAGAAAAUCACUCAGUCGUUUGAAUCGAGUGUGUACUCUUGCGGACCAGAGUUUACAGUCUCCUGGUUGAGAGCGUAUUGCAACUUUCUGAUUAGCUCGAUUGGAAGUUGUAAUGUCACGCAAGCUAUUUUCAUGGACAAACUGCAAAAUGAUUUUUUAAAGACAUCAGACGGCGAACAGUUUAAGCACGACUUGGUGUUCAGUAAGUCCAGAGACCGCAAAUUUAUUAAUUCCAGGUUUCUUAUUAUGACUAAAAAUGCGUAUACGUAUUCCGAUGACUCCAAGCUAAUGCGAGACAUGCGCAGUAUAGCUGAUUCGCCUACAACAAAAAUAACUGUCUUCAGUCCAUUUUUUAUUGCAAUCGAACAACGCGAAGAUGUUAUUUCUUUCACUCUAGAACUUUGUUUAAUCGCAACAAUAUGUAUGUUCAUUCUUACACUCCUCUUCAUCCCAAACCCAAUAUCUUCAAUUUGGAUCACAUUCAGUGUUUUCUCAAUAGAAACCGGGGUCGUAGGUUAUAUGACUUUUUGGGGCGUAAACCUUGACAUAUUCUCUAUGAUAUGCAUAAUAUUGAGCAUUGGCUUUAGCGUUGAUUUCUCGACCCACAUGACAUAUGCGUAUGUUCUAUCGGACGCAGAAACAUCCAAUCAGCGUGCGUUGUCUGCCUUGAGUACGAUGGGGAUGCCAAUCGUACAGAUAUACUUUGUUGUCUCUGGUUCAUCGAUGUUUCUUUUGCUUUCGUCAUCCACAAUAUUUAUCAAUGCAUUUAAAACAAUAUUCCUGUUGAUGACGUUUGGUUUCUUUCAUGCAAUGUUUGUCCUACCGGUUUUGUUGACGAUUCUGGGACCAGGAACAAAGAAAGUGGUAGAACCUCAACGAACGGAGCAAUACCUAUUAAACAAAUCAACAACUAUAUACGAAGUGUCACCUUUAGUAUCAAUUGUUUGAAAUAUAACCAACCGCUGGUGCUGGGAAGUAACAGAAGAUAUUAACGGUAUGGAUGUUGUAUAAGUUAUUCUGAGAUGAGACCGGAGACACUGUGGAGAGGCUAGCAGCUUCACCCAAGGGCAACCUAGUAUGUCACAACGUAUAGACGAAACCUCAACGAACACAUGGCACAUAGAAUUAGAUUAUCCAUUCCAGAUUCUAUCCUAAAGUUCAAUUAUUGGUAGUCCAACAGUAUUACUGACACCAUUUUCCAACGUUAAAGCAUGGACCUAUUAAUUUUUUAUUAUUAUUAAUAUUAAUCUUAUUAAUAGGUCCAUGGUUAAAGAUACUAUAUCUAUGUUGAGCUGUAACGAAAGAAUAUGCUUCUAAAAUAUUAGGACGAGAAAGCUAUGGUAGUAACAUGAACUUUUCUAGUCAAAAUUACAUGGAUAAAAUCAUACAGGAUUUUUGCAAUUCUCCCAGAUUCCAUAUCAAAUUCAAUGCGUUUUUUUCCCGAAUCGUGAUAGUGAAAAAGCAAAGAUACAGAUCAAACCAAUCUAAAAGAAAACGGCAGAAUAUGCCAUAUUUUAAAUUUUACUGUCAAAAUGUACUAUUUUACAAGUAAAUAUUUUCUUUGUUAUAGAUAGUCCUACAAUUCCAACUGCAAAACCUUUCUCUACUUUAUAAAAAACUUCAUGGUAAAAAAAAAACUAAAAAUAUAAUUGUAUUUUUGUCACUAUGGUUGACCUCUAUUAAUGGACAUUUAAUGCCGUUAAACAAUUCUUUAUGUAAAACUGAUUUUCCUAUUGACAUUUUCUGUGAUUCUCUUAUGUGUUUUCGUCAAAAAGUUUUGUCCAAUGUUAGUAAUAUUUAGUUCUUCUUACUUAUC